AUGGAUACGUUUCCCGGAAUGCAAGAUGUAUGGGGACAAUUACCUCGAAUGAAAGGAUACACCCACCUUGCCGUAUUUUUCUCACAACCAGAAUCAUCCCGAGAAACGAUAGCCGCACAUCUUCAAGCAGCAACCCAUAAAAUCACAUCAGCCCUCCCAUGGCUCGGUGGCGCAGUUAUAAAUUUAAACACAAGCCAAGGAUGCACAGGCAAUUUCACAGUAAUUCGGUGCCCACAAACAGAAAACAUCCUCAAGGUCCAAGACCGAUCUAAAGACUGCCCAUCUUUCAACAAGAUCCUCCAUGCCAAAGCUUCAAGCGACCAGCUAGAUGGAAGCCUACUCUCAGCGGAGACGGCCAUGCCAGAUACAUACACGGAAGCAGAAGCCAACCCGGCACCCGUGCUGACACUGACAGCGAGCUGGAUACAAGGCGGCGUGGUGCUCGACUGCGCUGCACAGCAUAAUAUCCUAGACAUGGGUGGUAUCGAUCAAUUCUUUCAGCUACUAGCCAUCGCACUUCAAGACAAAGAGUUCAGCGAUGUGGUCAUUGCAGCUAAUACCCAAGAUCGCCUGAGUAUAUUUCCCCUUCUUGGUGCUGGGGAGAAACGCUAUGAUCACUCGAAGAUGCGCUGUCCAUCCUCAUUCACACCAGCGCCACGUCCCAAUCCCCGACCAGGUCCCAAGCCCGCGUUCCACUACUUCCGAUUCAGCGCAUCCAAUCUGACUCGACUUACUGUUCUCGCCGAAACGCCCUCAACAGACGAUGCUCUAAGCGCCUUUAUCUGGAAGCGACUAAGUGCAAUCCGGCAUCGUCACCAGAACCCAGAUUCAAUAACAGGAUUCUCUCGCGCAGUCGAUCUUCGACGAACACUAAAUAUUCCAAUCGAGUACAUGGGCGUAGCAGUUAUGAAAACUUCCUCGCGGAUGACAUUCAACUCGAUGGAACAAUCCUCCUUAGCAGAUGUCGCAGCACAGUUGCGUCAAGACGUCCGACGAGUCAGAGAUCAGCAUUUCCUUCGCAGUCUUGCUACUUUGAUUGCAGAAGCGCCAGAUAAAAGCACCAUUAGUUUUGUCGAUGGGUUCAAUCCUGAUACGUGGAUUAAUGCAUCGUCGUGGGCUAGUGCUGCGACGCACAGGCUCGACUAUGGGCUACUUGGGAAGCCGGCUUUUGUGCGGAGACCUAAGGCGAAACCUGUGCAGGGUUUGCUGUUUUUCUUACCUAUGAUGAAUGACGGGGAUGUGGAUGUGCUUUUUUGUUUGAAGAAUUGGGAGAUUCGGGGGUUGUGUGAGGAUUUGGAGUGGUGCCAGUAUGCUACAUAUACUGGCUAA